UCAGAAGCUACGUUGCUACGAGCUUUGCGCAGGCGCAGUAGAGCAGAAAUUUCAUGUGUUGUACGUCGUGUCCGGUGGAGGUCACAGACAUCUGAGGAAAACUGAGAUUGCUGUCAUGGCCAAGUUGUUUGAGUCUAUUGGAAAGUUGGGGCUGGCCCUAGCCGUCGGUGGAGGUGUUGUGAACUCUGCCCUUUUCAAUGUUGAUGCAGGGCACCGGGCGGUGAUAUUUGACAGGUUCCGAGGAGUGCAAGAUGCUGUUGUUGGAGAGGGAACCCACUUCCUCAUUCCCUGGGUUCAGAAACCUAUUAUCUUUGAUUGCCGCUCCCGUCCACGCAAUGUGCCUGUCAUCACAGGCAGCAAAGAUUUGCAGAAUGUAAACAUCACAUUACGUAUCCUCUUUCGGCCGGUGACCAACCAGCUCCCACGAAUCUUCACCAGUAUUGGGGAGGACUAUGAUGAAAGGGUGCUACCAUCCAUCACCACAGAGGUCUUGAAAGCUGUGGUGGCUCGGUUUGAUGCUGGUGAGCUCAUCACCCAGAGAGAGCUUGUGUCUCGGCAGGUCAGUGAGGACCUCACAGAAAGAGCCUCCACCUUUGGCCUCAUCCUGGAUGACGUUUCCCUGACACACUUGACCUUUGGCAAGGAAUUUACAGAGGCUGUUGAGAUGAAGCAGGUGGCUCAGCAGGAGGCCGAGAGGGCCCGAUUCGUUGUAGAAAAGGCAGAGCAACAGAAGCAGGCUGCCAUCAUCUCUGCAGAGGGAGAUUCCCAGGCUGCCUUGCUAAUCGCCAACUCUCUCAUGGAAGCUGGUGAUGGUCUGGUAGAGUUACGUAAGCUGGAGGCAGCUGAGGAAAUCGCUUUCCAGCUCUCCCGCUCCCGCAACGUAACUUACCUGCCCUCAGGACAGGGCACAUUGCUCCAGUUGCCCCAGUGAUAGCAUCUCACGUCCACCCCACUCUCACUGUCACCGCCAGCCAUUACAUGGGCCACGGAAGGGGUGUUUUGAAAGAUUCAAUAUAGAAACUCUCCCAGCCUCACACAUUCCUCCCACUCUUUCUCUAACCAAAUCCGGACUGGUCUCUGCUGAUAGCAGCAUUAUGGGAGACAGAGUGAGAGGUCUGCAGUGGAUACAACUAUGAAGUCUACCCAUGUGUAAGGAAGUGGAGGGGUUAAUGGCUCCAUUUAUGGUAUAUCUAUAGUACUUUUGUUUUGGAAAGAAUUGACAAUGCAGUAAAUUCUCUUAAGAUUAACCUUUACCACAUUGUCUCAGAUUCAGAGCACUACAUGUGUGGAAAGCAACAGAAUCAUAUUUACAUCAAGAAAAACUGUGAUUCCUUUAAAAGAUAAGAUUAUAAAUUGAGAAUGAUGUCAUUGCUCUGCUAUUGUUGUGCCGGACAGUUUCAUUAAAAUGUUAUUCAAAUGUGUAAUGAAAAGCUGUCCUUUGGAUUCACUCUUGAAGACAUGACUGACUACAGAAGGCUGAUUCAUUUGAUUUAAAUUCUCUUUGCGUGCUCAGACUUGCUAGAGAGUUUAUCUUGCUGGAAUAUAUCUGCUUUGUAGCAAAUGAUACCUUCAUGAAUAUUAUUGCCGCCACCAAUCAAUUGGAAUUCAAUGUGCCUGUCGGAUAGUAGAGGAUGAUCAUCAUUCUUUACAGUUGUCGCUGUGUGUUUAGUUUGUGUGGAGAACAUGUAAGCCCCAUUUCAGAAAUGGAUCAACUCAAUAAUAAAAUUGUCUUUCUACCUCCCAGUG